GGACCUCCAAUUUUCGAAGCGUACAAUCUCUCUCUCUCUCUCUCAAACGUUUCAGUUUCAGAAAAGAGAAAACUGAGAGGCAAGAAACAACUUUCUCUCAAAUGCAGACGAGUCGGUUACUCUCCUUUUCCUCUAACUCUCCGAGUUUUGGCAGCUUCUCCUCCGCCGUAGACCUCGCCGCAAUCGCCUCCCGAGUCGUCGAAGAAUUCAGAGAUCAGGAGCAGACACAACCCGACUCUCACCACCGCGACGACGAUAAUGAUUCCGAUUUCGCUUUCGAUUGUCUAAGCAACACGUGUUCUCAACCUCUCGCUACCGCCGACGAGAUUUUCUGUAACGGUCAGAUCCGUCCGUUGAAUCCGUACGGUGGCGGAAUCGGAAAUGCUCCUGUAGAAUCUCAACCGAGUACUACUCUCCUCCCUCGUCGUCAUAGACCGGCGUUGAGAAAACUGAUGAGCGAGGAUCGAGAUCCGACUUCGAAUUCUUUUUCGGAAGCUGAAGAGGAUCUAACCGGAGUUCCGCCGGAGACGUACUGUGUAUGGAAACCAAAACAAUCGAAUUCCGGAGAUGAUGAUCUUCAAGGUCUCUCGUCUUCUCCGUCACGAAGCAAAAUCAAAAGCCAUUCAGCUGGAUUCUCGAAACGUUGGAAGCUCCGGAAUCUUCUGUACGUUAGAAGCAGCAGCGAAGGAAACGAUAAGCUCGUGUUUCCGGCGCCGGUUAAGAAGGACGACGAGACUGUGUCCGAUCAGGAACCGCCGUCCAAGGAGGAAGGAAAUGGCGGCGAGGAAGAAGAAAGGGAAAGGGAAGAGACAAAACGACAGACGUAUGUGCCGUAUAGAAAGGACAUGAUUGGAAUAUUAAAAAAUGUGAAUGGGCUAAGUCGUCAUUUACGUCCUUUUUGAUGGUGACGUGGCUCUCCCAGACGCGGACUUUGGGUGGGCUUCGGUUUCUUUCUUUUUCCUACUUUUUUUUUUCUUUUUUACUUUUAUUUAUUUUCUCUCUCAACCUUUUUCUUUUAUUAGUUUCCGAGAAAAUCUUGAGUGUUGGCGAGAAAGUAAAUAAUUUUAUUUUCGAAUAUUUUUUAAAAUUGUCGGUUUAAAUAGAUAAUGUAUAAGUUGUUUUGGUGGUUUGAUUAUUGGAAUGGAGGAGACUAAUAGUGGUUUUAUUCGUUUA